AUGGAUGAAACAAUGAUUCUUAUGAAACAAAAAUUUUACGAAUCAAUUGAAAAACGUGAGUACAAAAAUAAUAGUGCUAUUUUAUCUAGUGAAAAAUAUUUAAAUUUGAUAUCUGACGUCAAAAAUAUGAAAAUUAAAAAAACUCAAACCCGUGAUUAUUGGCUUGCGAAACAUUAUGAUAUUUUUUGUUUAUUUGGUGCCCCCGCUUCUCUUCAAUCUGACAAUGGUAGGGAAUUUUGUAAUGAACUAAUUAAUUCAUUGCGUGAGAUGUGGCCUGAUUUAAAUAUCGUUCACGGGAAACCACGGCAUAGUCAGUCGCAGGGCAGUGUUGAACGAGAAAAUCAAGAUAUUGAAAACAUAUUGACAACUUGGAUGCAAGAUAAUAACACCAAUAAAUGGAGUGAAGGACUCAGAUUCGUUCAAUUUAUGAAAAAUAAAGCCUAUCAUUCUGGAAUUAAACGAAGCCCAUACAAUGCGAUGUUUGGAACUGACCCUAAAACUGGCCUAACAUCAAGUAUAUUGCCACACACUAUAUUACAAGAAAUACCAUCAACCGAAAAUAGAAAACCCAAACAAACAGAAGAACGACUAAAUGCAAGAGACAACUUAGAAAUACAAGCGAAAAAAAUGAAGAAUUUAUCAAAUGCUAAAUUUCCAGAAGCAAAAGAAGGUUCAACAGUUCAACUUAAAAUUCCUGAUGUUGAUAGAGGGAGGGGAGAUCCUCGAUCGGUAAUUGCUGUGGUUCUCAAAAUUACUGAAGACGGGUUCUAUCAACUUGGAUGUAAAAGUGGUAUUUUAAAACAGCUAUAUGCACGUUCCCAAUUUACUACGUGUUCAGAAAACCUUAUAUCAUUAAGCGAUAUACCUCAAGAAAAACAAAUUUCUCUACGAUCUGCAGCUACAGAACAAUCAAUUGGAAAUGGACAAGGUUUUUUUAAAUGUACUUGUAUCACUAAAUGCACCAUUAAUCGAUGUAUAUGCCGUAAAAAUGGUGUUUUGUGCAAUUCAAAAUGUCACCAAAAUCAAUCGUGUACUAAUUUUGACAAAUAG